AUGCGGAUCGUGACGUACAACGUGGCUGACCUGCGGGAGUGGGAGAAGCAGGCCAAGUGGAAGGAAGACCAGACGAUGGCGGAGAGGUUGGAGAGGUUGCGCGGAGAUAUCGUCUGCUUGCAGGAGACUCACGUCCAGCAGAAGGACGUCCCGAGGUCGACUGCUUGCCCGCCGGGUUGGCACUCCUUCUGGUCCUUCUGCCCGCAGAAGGUCAAGGGCUCGUCGAUCCACGGUUCCGCGGUCUUCGUCAAGGAGGACGUCGUCGUGCCGGUCAAGGCGGAGGAAGGCUUGACCGAAGCCAAGGCCUUGAGCUCGCUGAAGAAGGCAAAUUCGACUGCGACGACCGCCGACCUCAUUGGCGGCUACGCUCAAGACCUCCAGUUGCGAGGCGACCCCAACUCGUUCGAGUCGGAGGGCAGGACGAUUGUUCUCGAGCUCGGCAACAUCAUCCUCUUCGCCUGCUACGCACCGUUUGAGGGCAUCAGCAACGGCCCAAAGAAGGCGGAGAAGCUCACGAAGAAGCUCGACUACUUCGACACCCUCGAAGCGCGGAUCAGGAUUGCACGAGCGGCGGGAAAGGAAGUCAUCGUCCUCGGCGACCUCAAUGCCCACGCCUCGACAGACGACUCGCACAACGCCGCCUUUCGCGCGAAGCAAGAAGGGGCUCCUUUCAUGUCCCAUCCACCUCGUCGGUGGCUCCAGAGCCUCGUUGGGCCGAACGGGCUGCUUAUCGACUCAACUCGACACUUCCACCCCGGCUCGAAGAUGUUCAGUUGCUGGGGUGACAAGGUCACGACGAGGAAGCUCGACACGAUGGGCAACCGCGUCGAUUACAUCCUCACCUCACCCGGACUGCAGCCGUGGCUCAAGGACGGCGGCAUACAGCACCAUAUGCUCGGGUCCGACCAUGCGCCCGUCUUCCUCGACCUCCACGAGCAGAUCGAGAUUGACGGCGUCAAAGUCAAGCUCUGGGACGUCCUCAACCCCGGUCGCCGCAUGACGAAUCCGUCUCCUCCGCCGCCUGCGCUCGCCGCGACGCACUGGACGCAGUUCGCGCCCGAGGUCAACGGUCGCAGUACCUCGAACGGCUUCUUCGCCGCCUUUCGUCCGAUUACCGCCUCGACAUCUCGCAAGUCAAGCGCCUCGACUACAACCUCGACUGUCAAUGCUUCGCGCUCGUCCAGCUCCGCUCAGUCCGGCAAGAAGAGCUCGUCUGGCGCAUCUUCCUCUUCCACCUCGACGUCGCUCGCCCGUUCUUCGUCAUCGUCUCUCAAGACCAACACUUCUUCGCCAUCCGUCAAGGGCAAGAAGCGCUCGCGCAACGACGAGAUGCUCGACUUGACGGUCGACACGGACGAUGAGGAGGUCCAGGUCGCGUCGGGAUCUUCGGCGCCUCAGGUCAAGCGCAAGGGCGCCGGACGCGUGAGCUCGCAAAUGAAGAAGAGCAAGACCGGCUCGUUGGCGUCGACGCAGGAAGGCGAGAAGAAAACGAAGCGCAACAAAACGGCCUGA